AUGUCAUCGUUGGAUCAGAUCAACUUUGGUCUCUAUACACCGGAGAAAAAAACAAUGUUUGGUUGGAUUAUUGCAACGACCACAUCACAUCACGUGAAUCUUGACACGAUGGUGCCAUCUUUUAUGGAAUGGAACAGUCUUCAACAUAGCCAGUCACUCUUGGACUCUAGUGCCCCCACAGAAAAAAACGAGGCUUGGUUGGAUCGUUACAGGAGGAUCGGUGCAACUGCAAUACAUGGUCAAGCUGUGCAGCGUGAGCUGGUUGCUGCUAAAGUUCAUAUGGAUGAACUAGUCCGUCGCUAUUGGGAAGUUGAGAGCUGUGGUGAAGGCGUGGUAACAGCCACCAAAGAAGAACUGGAGUGUGAGGCUCAGCUCAAGUCCAACUUUUGUCGUUUAGACUAUGAGAACAAGCUAGAGCGCAAACCAGAAGUCAAGGUCCCAUAUUCGGCAUUCAUUCGUGAAUAUUUAGAUUUGAAUCACAUGUCCGUCGUGCCCAGAGACUCCUUGAGUCUUUACAAAUAUUUUCUGCCCCACCACUGCGCUUUCAAGGAACACAGCACCACGACUAAAUUGCGAGUCGUUCUUGAUGGGUCUGCCAAAACCUCAAGUGGACAUUCGUUGAGCUGA